AUGAAUAAUGUUCAAUAAUUUGAUAGAUCAUUGUUAACAGUUGACAUUGUAGGUGCUUAACCAAAUUAAAAGGGUUCUUAUUUAGAUAAAAUCAUUGCAUAGGAUAUUCGUUAAAAUAAUCAUACUAAAAUAUAGUUAAAAAUUAUCUUUCUAUAUUAUUUUAGAUAUCCAAUGACUAAAUAAGAUCCUUAAUAUGGACGUAGAAGAUAUUAACAUGAUUUUCAUCAUUUUUACAAUAGUUGUGUUCCAUAAGGAGAGAACUAUUUUGAUGGAUCACAUAAAAAACAUUAUAACUUACAUGAAGGAGAAAUCAAAUAAUAUAAAGCCUUAGAAAAUUAUUAUGAUUAACCAAAGUAUUAUCAUUUAAUAUUAGGAAAUCUCUAGGAAGAUAGAUUACUUGCUACUAAAGAUAUAGAAGGUGCUAUACCUGGAACUUAUACUAGUAAAGUUAUUAGAAAUCAAGAAAAAGCUCAAAAAUUAAGAUAAGAAAGAGAUUACUUAAGAGCUUAAAAUAAUAAAGCACUUUAUCUAUCUUAAUUAGAAUCUAAAAUUGAUAAUCAAUCAUAAAUUGAAAAACAACCAAAUCAAAAUUAAUCAUAUUCAAUUUCACCUACUCCACAAUAUUCAAUUUAUUAAAAUUAAAGCAAUGAAAUACCUUAACCUAAAUAUGAAUAUAUGAAUAAACCUUUAAAACUUCCACCUAUUCUUGAUAGAAAUACACCUGUUAUCAAUCCAAUCUCUAACAAAUUUCAAUUUAGAUAAAAUUAUUAAAAUUAUUCUCCACAAGAUUAUGAUAAAAAUAUUUCUAUACUACAAUAAAAUUAGCCUAUGAGAUUAUUUGUAUGA